ACUAUGGUUGGUUGAGGCGCGCCGUAGAUUGUAUUUGUGGAUGCUUCUGUGGCGGGAAAGCGGAGUUGUCGUAAUAUGGGGCCUACUGUAUAUGGGCUGUAUCGAAGUGGUAAAGUCAAUGAGAUCCCUUGACUUCAGCACCAGAACACAGGUGACAAGGGAAGCCAUUAAUCGGCUGCAUGAAGCAGUGCCAGGCAUGAAGGGGGUUUGGAAAAAGAAGCCUCCAAAUCAGUCCCUCCAUUCAAUUCUCGGGAGGAGCAACCUGAGGUUUGCUGGGAUGAGUGUUACUCUCAACAUCUCCAUCGAAGGGUUAAACCUGGCACUGCCCACCACAAGGCAGAUCAUCGCAAACCAUAACAUGCAGUCCAUCUCCUUUGCUUCAGGUGGAGAUACGGAUACCAUAGAUUAUGUUGCGUAUGUAGCAAAGGAUCCUGUAAACCAAAGAGCCUGCCAUAUACUGGAGUGCUGUGAUGGUUUAGCACAGACUGUGAUCAGCACGAUUGGACAGGCUAUUGAACUAAGGUUCAAACAGUAUCUCCACAGCCCCCCGAAACUGGUUGCUCCACAUGACAGGAUGAUAGGCAGUGAGGAGUCUGCCUGGGGUGAAGAGGAGGAGACACCAGGCCACAACUAUUAUAAUAGCAUUCCAGGAAAGCAGCCUCCCCUGGGAGGUGUUGUGGACGUGAGGGGCAGACAGUGGCAUGUGCAGACCCAGGCUCCGAGCUCCACAGGCACCCAGCAGCUCAGCAGUUCGUUGCAGAGGGCAAAUGGCCACAUACCGCAGCAGAACAUGGACAGUCACAGUGAAGAUGCAAAACUCUUUGUGGCAGGUGUGUUGAGUGACGGUUACCUUCGGCCGUAUGGAAAAGUCUCCUGUGAAGAGCAUAUGUAUGUUAAUACCCAGUCUCUUGAUGCUGGGCAAUGGUUGAAUGGGACAUCGGGGGACAUGACCGACAGUCCUGAGAAGGAUGUCUUUGAUAUGAGGCCAUUCGAGGAUGCCUUGAAGCUGCACGAUGCCAACUCCUGCAGAGGUGGAGGCCAAGGAACUGGAUGCCUGUGGCCAAAUCCUGGCUUGGCCAGGGACACAGAGGAGGAACAAUUAAAGCGGGAAUCCUGGUACCAUGGGAAGAUCAGUCGGAAAGUGGCCGAGGCACUGCUGGUGCAGGAUGGGGACUUCCUUGUGAGGAACAGCCUGACCAACCCUGGACAGUAUGUUCUGACUGGGAUGCACAAUGGACAAGCGAAGCACCUAUUGCUGGUGGACCCUGAAGGAGUGGUGCGGACAAAGGAUCUGCUGUUCGAAAGCAUCAAUCACUUGAUCAACUACCACCUUGAGAGUGAAGUUCCCAUCGUUGCAGCUGAGAGUGAAGUCUGUCUGAAACAGGUCAUCAAGAGGACACACUCAAUGCCGAUGUGAUGCUCAAUAUGAUUAGUGAAUUUCGCAGGAUUGGCAAGUUUUGUUCAGGAGGCUUGGGUCUGGAGUGGAUGACUAUGAAGAGCAUGGUUGCUUGUUGAAUACAGUUGUGGGCAGAUUCCAGCCCCACACAGCCUGCUCCCUUACUGCCCCUACGCUCCUGCUGCUUCGUUGGGCAUGUUGCUUACUGUAGACAGAGAAUCAUCACACCGUUGGAGAUCAGGCAACAGGAGUCGACAGAACUUCAAACUGAUUGUUAUGUAAUACAGAACGGCUUGCAAUCAAAUGACAAAUGAAGGAAUCGUAGGAAAUGAGGAACUUGUGCUUGGACUGUGCAGUUGCCUGUUACUCAGUAUAUGUUCAGCAUAUAGUGGACUGGUUUACCGUGCCUGGGAUUGCACAGCCUGUGUCUCUGUGCUUUGUGUAAAUAUCUGUGCAUUGAAUUAUUACAUUGAUUUUUCCCCCACUCCCCAAAACAUCUGAUGAACAGAGCAAUGAAUGGGUGCAAGAACUGGAGAAGGAGAGAUGGGGAAAUGGGAGGGAAGGAACAG